UGUGCGCGCUUUUGUGGUGUUAGUCUGGUGCUGGCUAUGGGGUCUGCUCCGCCCGUGUUCAUCGGCGCCGAGGAGGUGGAGAAGCAUCUGCACCGCGCUAGCCUUCUGCUCCCGGCGCUGGAGGCCGCCUUGGCCAACUUCUCGUCUGGAGCUGCGGGAGGCGUCGCGCAGCCCGUGCGCACCGUGGUGCCGGUGCACCGGCACGGCGGGUUCCUAGGAGUCAUGCCUGCUUACAGUGCUGCUGACGAUGCUCUGACAACCAAGUUGGUGACUUUCUACGAGCACAAGAAGGAUUCCUCUGUCCCUUCACAUCAAGCGACCAUUCUCUUAUUUGACCCAAGAAAUGGUUCUUUAAAAGCUGUGAUGGAUGGUAGUGUCAUAACAGCAAAACGAACAGCUGCAGUUUCUGCAAUUGCUACCAAGCUGUUAAUGCCACCUUUUGCAGAAGUGCUGUGCAUUUUGGGAGCUGGUGUUCAAGCAUACAGCCACUAUGAUAUUUUCACAGAACUCUUCACAUUUAAAGAGGUCAGAAUAUGGAAUCGCACUAAAGAGAAGGCGGUGAAGUUUGCUAAUUCAGUUAAUGGUCCAGUGCAGGUCUGCUCUUCUGCUCAGGAGGCAGUUACUGGGGCUGAUGUAAUUGUAACAGUCACUAUGGCAACAACACCAAUCUUAUUUAGAGACUGGGUAAAACCAGGUGCCCAUAUCAAUGCUAUUGGAGCAAGCAGACCAGACUGGAGAGAACUGGACGAUGAAUUGAUGAAGAAUUCUGUUCUGUUUGUGGAUUCCAGAGAUGCUGCUCUUACAGAAUCAGGAGAUGUUAUAUUAUCAGGGGCAGAGAUUUUUGCUGAGCUGGGAGAGGUAGUGAAGGGUACAAAACCAGCCCUGCCUGAGAAAACAACAGUGUUUAAAUCACUCGGGAUAGCAGUUGAAGAUACAGUAGCAGCAAAAUUUGUUUAUGACUCAUGGUCUGCUGGUAACUAGAGAGAAGUCUACAGUCAGUGAGGCCAAGAAAAUUGUUUGCACUUAGUUUCCUCAGAACUCAUGUUAACAAGACAGACACCAACCCUAUCUGCGUAUGUCCCUUCUACAGCAUUCAAGAAUGCAUGGUAAAAUUUCAGCAAUGGACUAAUUCUUAUAGUUUUCUAAUGGUAAGUGUUAGUUACCUGCAGUAUUGCUAAUAAAUAUAACUUGCAUAAUGGCAAGUACUAGAUGUUUGCAGGAAUACUAACAAAGGUAACUAUGUAUUUUGGUAUAAUAUUGGAAUCAAUGCCUUUCCUUCCUAAUUAUUUAUGUAGCAGCAGUCUGUGGGUAGAUUUUGUGGGUUUUUUAGAGAGGCAACUCAUACUGGUGUAAAAGGUACCAUCUGGAAGAUGGACUCUGGCAUCAUAUCUGCCAAUGAUUAAGGGCAACUGCGGGUUUCAGUGCUAGAGUGACAGUAACCUAGUUUUCAGUCUCCUAGAACACAGCCCACUUAUGAUUCCUGAGCCUCCUCUUCCUGUCAAGCUCAGACUGGGAUCUGGAGGUUGCCAUCCUUGCUUUCACCACCCACAGUCCCUCUCACCUGCCCUCCCCCUGUGUGGCUUUCCAUUUAAAGACACACUCUUGAGUGGGACUUUACAUAAAUAAUGAUGUCUCCAUACAGCUAGAUUUCUGCCAGUUUUUCUAAAAGACCUGGCUCACUAAGGCUAGAGUGCAAAAAAAGUCAAAGCUAGUAUUGUAUAAAUCUUACUUAACUGGAAGGAAACUGUACCCAGUGCCUCCCUUAGUGUAUUCGAGUGGGAUAUUGCCAUUUUAAUACUGCAAGAAGUCACCAAAAAUGUGAGCACUAAAAUGUCUUUUGAUUUAAUUUUUAUCUGUAUUAUAUGGGGAGAUUUUGUUAUUAAUCUGUGUUAUUUCCAAGUUCUUUUUUCUAAGUUUCUUGAAGGCUGCAGCCAUGCAAGCUGAUUUCAGUAGGAUAAAUGUGAAGUAUACAGGCAAAUAUUUUCAGCUUGGCUGUGUCAUGCAUCAACUGGUAAUUGUUCUUUUAUCCCAGUAGAUAUUAGCAGGGCAGGAAUUUCCAUGGUCUCUUUCCUGGCAGAAAAACCCUGUAAUGUUCUACAUAAGGAAAAGUUUCAGUUUUGUGCUGUUAUACAAUUGCCUUACAAACGACUGAGCACCUGCUGAAAACCAGUAUUGCCCUGGAAACAAAUUCCUGUCUUCAACUGGAGUCAUGCCUUGUGAAAUCAUAUUUCUACUUGUAUAUUACUUCAUGCAGGAUAUCAAGUGUUUCUUUGUUUGUGUGAGGAUUAGAUGACAUGAUCAUUAGAUAACAUGAUCAAUGGUGCCAGUAGAAUACAGCAACAGGAAGGUUUAGAAGCAGUUAGCAUUAACGCCCUUGAUGGUGACAAGUAAGUGUAGAAGAGGUUGAGUACAGUGUAGAUGUGAUACAAUACUCCAAAUUAUAAGCCUGGUGUAAACUGGUUGGAAAAAAGUAGUAAGUGUCUGAGUCUGUAAUUUGCAGUUUUAGCAUGGAAGGGUACCACACCAGCAAGUGAACAGGGCCAAGGGAUGUGUUUGUAUGGAUAGAAACCUAACUCCACUGAUCUUGUUCAUAUCAGCAGAAACAAGAACAGAAAUUUCUAUAUCAGCUUUUGCAUCUUUUAAUUGUAGCAAAAUUACCCCUGUAUUUUUACAUGUGUGUUUUCUUUGUCAUUUCUGAAGUGAUCAGAAGCAUAUGUGUUGGCUUAGCUUGUUAUUCAGUGAUAGAUAACCUCACUAGCUUGAGACAAAAAUGACAGCUGUCGGUGUUCCAUAAUUCAAGAAAUGCAUGGAAACUUGCACUCACUAAUUAUGACAAUAUUGUCAGGUUCUGUGCUUGUGUAAAACAAGAUUGGUAUUUGAAGUGACAUGUGGUGUUUGGGGAAAAAAGUCCAGUUUAAUACUUCUAAUGACUGCUCUUUAAAAAGUAGAUGGACUGAGUACAAAGGCCUGGAUUUGAAAACCCACAGUGUUCUCAGCUUUCAUUGACAAUAGGAGGUUCUGGGAGCCUGGCUUCAGCAUUGUACCUCUGAAUUCCUGAAGAGUAUUUGGUUCAGCUACAAUGGGAAUUGCUUGGAAUGCUGUCUUCUGAAUUUUUUUUUGGGAAUCAAUAGUCUUAGUUUCCAUGUUUCCUUCUCUUACAAAUUAGACUCUCAAGAAUUGUGUAACUUUCAUUUCUGUUAACAUUAAAUAGAUACUUCUGGUUUUCUUUG